UCAGUUAAGACACCCAAGUCCAGCCUCACAGAUACCCAAGAUGCGAGUUGCACUCAUUGCUCUGCUCUGCUGCCUGCUCGGCUCAGCCCUGGCCAUGCCUCAGCCGGAGAAGUUGGACGUGAGCAAGGCGUCGGCAUGGACCGAGCGUCCGCCUUCGGGUCCGCCACCAGAGCAGCGAUUCCUGCUGGAUGGUGGCUACAACAAGGAUAAGAGCGGCCGGGAUGUCUGGGCCAUGGCUCAGGUGCCCGUCUACACCAGCGACAACAAACGCCACGAAUUCGAUGCCGUCGGCAAAUAUGGCCAACAUCUGGGCGGACCCUACGGCAACAGCCCGCCCUCCUAUGGCUUCGGUGGCAACUACAGAUUCCGAUUCUAGACGGGGAAGAUCUAUAAAACUUGUAAAUAUUUGUGG